AUGGCGACGCGGAAGCGCAACGAAUAUCUCGAUGUGGAGGACAGCGAGGACGAAGAGAGAGGUUAUGAUUCGGAAGAGGAGAGCAGGGCGCGUAUGCUGCCAGCCUCAAAAAGGCUAAAGACUGAACACGACUCGGAAGACUCUGAAGGGGAAGAAGAUCAAGAAUUUGACGAGGAAGGAGACGAGGAAGUAGAAGACUUGGGUGAUGACGACGAAGAUCUGCCCUCAUCCUAUUCCAAAACUGCCGAAUUAGCACACCUCGAAAAGCUCGCCGCUUCCCUCCCCUCCGAUCUUAAACUCCAAUCUACGAAGCUUGGCAAAUCUCUUCCACCGCCCUCACUAAAGAAAGACAAAUCCGGCGUAAUAUACCUAUCCCGCGUUCCUCCUUUCAUGAAGCCAACCGUCUUACGCUCCCUCUUAACUCCCUACGGCGCAAUCGGGCGCAUCUUUCUCACCCCCGAGCCCUCCACCUCCCGCACGCAACGCCUACGCUCCGGUGGCACGCGUAGGAAACUCUAUCUCGACGGUUGGGUCGAAUUUCUGCACAAACGGGAUGCCAAGUUUUUCGCCGACAACCUCAACGCGCAAACUAUGGGCGGCAAGAAACGGGGAAGGUGGCACGAUGAAGUCUGGAACAUCAAGUAUCUGAGUGGAGUAAAGUGGAGUCAUCUCGUAGAGCAGAUUCAAAACGAGAACGCAGAGCGCGCGGCGAGACUGAGGUUUGAGAUUCAGCAAGGGAAGAAGGAGAAUAAGGCCUUUCUGGAAAACGUGGAGAGGGGCAAGGUUCACAGUGGUAUUGAGGCGACAAGGAAGCGGAGGGGGGAUGAUGUGGAUGUUGGGGCAACGAAUGGUGACGGGAAUGUCGGGGGCAUUGUAAGGGAGAAAGAGACAAAUGAGAAGCCAAAGAGACGAGGAAGGCUCGAGUUCACGCAGCAUACGGCGACGAGCAAGGCGCUCAAAAAGCCUGAGCCGGGACAGGAUGUGCAUAGGGUUCUAAGUAGCAUGAUGUAG